GACAACUUCCGCGUUUCUCUUCCACACACAAGCGUGGUAAAAAAAUGGCGGAGCAAAAUUCCGUGCCGAGUGAUCUUUACAAGCAUGUAUAUUCAUUUCUACUAGAGAACAAGUUUACCAAGGCUGCUCAACAGUUCAUCAAACAAGCGAAAGUGCCACCCCAGAAUGAAAAACAAGAUGCCGGUCUGCUUGACAUAUUCAACUUCUGGGUGAAGUCUCCUGAAGCUAAGAAACGGAAGGCGCUGCCCAACGGUCCUGGAACAAGUGACAGGCCGUCUGCUAAGAAGGCAAAGACUGCAGAGAGCUCCAGUGAGGAGUCGAGCAGUGAUGAGGAGGAAGCUGCAGCACCUGCCAAGGCCACACCCACAGCUAAAGCGGCGGAGUCCAGCAGCAGUGAUGAUUCCAGUGACGAGGAGGCUGCAGCAAAGAAGCCUGCAGCAGCCAAAGCCCCAGUGAAGAGCCCUGUAGUGGCAGCAGCCAAAGCCCCAGUGAAGAGCCCUGUAGUGGCAGCAGCCAGGAAAAAGGACUCCAGCUCUAGCAGUGAGUCAUCUGAAGAUGAGGCUCCAGCUAAAGCCCCUGUAACUAAAGGAAAGGCUGCAGUCGCGACCCCUAAGGCAGGGACGACUACCAAAGCAGCAGCAGCUCAGAAGAAGGCUGAGUCCAGCAGCAGUGAGGACAGCUCCAGUGAAGACGAAACGCCCACAAAGACCCCUCCAGCUAAGACCCCUGGUCCUGUCAAGACCCCUGGUCCAGCUAAGACCCCUCCAGCUAAGACAGUCGAGUCGAGCAGCGAUGACUCUUCUUCAGAUGAAGAGGAGACUCCCCCCAGCAAGAAGGCCAAAACAGGUACAUACAGUGCAGUCCCACCCCCUGGAGCUGCAGUAAAGAAGGCCUUGGUUCCUACAGUGGCCAGCAAGGCCAAAAAGGACCGUUCCUCAGACAGCAGGGAGGAGGAGAAAGUGUCAGCAGUUCCUGUGAAGUCUACCCCAGCAAAGACUGUGACCCCUAAACCUGCUGCUGCUGCUAAGAAGGCCGAGUCGAGCUCUGAGAGCUCAGACUCUAGCUCUGAAGAUGAAGACGAAGCAAAAAAGGCAGCGGCAGCCCCGGCUAAGGCUGCCCCGGCUAAGGCUGCCCCGGCUAAGGCUGCCCCGGCUAAGGCUGCCCCGGCUAAGGCUGCCCCGGCUAAGGCUGCCCCGGCUAAGGCUACCCCGGCAGAAGAUUCUUCCUCGGACUCAAGCUCAGAAGAUGAGAAAGAAGCUAAGAAGCCUGUUGCCAAGGCCACUCCUGCCAAGGCCACUCCUGCCAAGACUGCCCCUGCUAAGAAAGCCGACUCGUCAAGCUCAGACUCUGACAGCAGCUCUGAGGACGAGGCCCCACCCAAACCUGCUGCAGCUACCAAGAAGCCUGCAGCAGCCCCCAAGGUCCCUGCAGCAGCCCCCAAGGCCCCACCCAAGGCUGCUGCAGCUACCAAGAAGCCUGCAACUGCCCCCAAGUCCCCAGCCAAGGCUGCUGCAGAAAGCAGCUCGGACUCCGACUCUUCAUCUGAAGAUGAGGCUCCAGCUAAGAAGGCUAACGCGGCCCCUGUUACUAAACCAGCCACCCCAGCCUCCAAACCAGCCACCCAAGUUGUUAAACCAGCUGCUGCAGAAAGCAGCUCGGACUCCGACUCUUCAUCUGAAGAUGAGGCUCCAGCUAAGAAGGCUUCCCUGGCCCCUGUUACUAAACCAGCCUCCAAACCAGCCACCCCCGUGGUGAACAAACUAGCCCCAACCAAGGCCGUAGCCGAGAGCAGCUCCGAUUCCGACAGCUCGGACUCAGAGGACGAGGUCGCUGCAGCCAAAAAGAUCACCAAACCUACAGCCGCAGCCAAGACUCCUGCUUCAGCCAAGACUCCUGCUUCAGCCAAGACUCCUGCUUCAGCCAAGACUCCUGCCUCAGCCAAGACUCCUGCCUCAGCCAAGACUCCUGCUUCAGCCAAGACUCCUGCCUCAGCCAAAGCAGCAGAGUCCAGCAGCAGUGACGACAGCUCUAGUGAUGAGGAAGAGGCAGCAACCCCAGCCUCGACUAAGAAGGCAGCAACCCCAGCCUCGACUAAGAAGGCAGCAACCCCAGCCUCGACUAAGAAGGCAGCAACCCCAGCCUCGACUAAGAAGGCAGCAGAAUCCUCCUCGGACUCCUCAGACAGUUCUGACUCGGAUACUGAAACCAAGACGACGCCUGCUCUGACCAAUGGGAAGCCAGCUACACCUAAAGCCUCCACCCCUGCUGCCAAGGCAACAACACCGGCUAAGGCUGCCCAGUCUUCAUCGUCCCAGGACAGUAGCUCUGAGGAAGAGUCGGGGAAAGCACCGGCAGCAGUCACCACUCCCAACACUAACGGCACAGUAAACGACAAGAGGAAGAGGGCUGGAGAAGACUCGUCUUCUGAGAGUGAGGAGGAGGAGGAAGUGACGACGCCUAAAAACAAGAAAGUAGUAGCAGCACCACAGACUUUCCCCAAAGUCUCUAAGAAGAUCAAUGUACCUUUCCGUAGAAUAGUAGAGGAGGAAAUUGAGGUGGACAACCGUCUGGCAGACAACUCCUUCGAUGCCAAGCGCGGAGCAAAUGGAGACUGGGGCCAGAGGGCCAAUGACGUGCUUCGCUUCACCAAGGGAAAGUCCUUCCGUCACGAAAAGACCAAGAAGAAGAGGGGUAGCUACCGUGGAGGAGCCAUCUCCCAGUCCGUCAACUCCAUCAGGUUCGACAGCGACUGAGAACCUAGUCAUCGUUCGUCAUCAUCACCCCUCUUCAUCCUGUCGCUUGACCCCCCCCCCCCAACCUGAUUGAGCCGAAACAUCAUUAACUGAACUACCUACAGCUGUGUUGAAAAAGACGGCCACACUGACAGCUGUCUUCCUAAUGAUUUUAGUUCAUAAGUCUGUGUUUAAACCUUUUUAAAGGCUUUUUUAUGGGGUAGAAGACACAAGUGGUGCUGAAAUGGCACCUUAUUUGCUAUGUUGUGCAGUACUGUUGAUAUGAUCUAAAGCAGUGCACUAUAUAGGUUAUAGUGUGCUGUUUAGGAUGCUGUCACACAGGUAAGGCUGCAGGGGAGUGGUCUGACUGUCUCCGUGCCUAAAACGUGGUACAGAUUACUAAAGGGUUAAUUUCCUUACGCUGCAUUUACAGCAUCCAUCCACCAGGUGGCGCUAGUAAGCCACCAAUUCUGUUAAAUAUCAAUUGAAAAGUGUAAACUGUUCUCAAAUUUCUUGCUUUCUUUUUCUCUCAGUCAUUAAUCUGUUAUAUUGUUAGCCCGGUGUCUUCCCCACUUAUGUUUUUUUUUCUUCAGUAUCAACAUUUUCAAAUUCUCUGUUCUUGUUGUUUUAUCGCUGUUUGCAUUGUCAGACACAUUGCGGGAGAAAAAGGGUUACUUGAUUUUGUGCAGACCCUGGGGGUUGAAUGAUAAGAAUCUCAUUUGUUGCCGUCCCUCUACCAGAUCUCACAACACCUGGAUAAGUAUUCAACCACUGCAAUGUAAAAAAAACUGUCUGGAACGUGUUCGUCUUU